AAAUCUGGUGUGGUUGAGAAAGAGCGAGCGAGAGAGACGACAUAAAUAGCCAAUCCGGUACCUGUUAGAGCGUGGUUGACAGUUGAUCAGAUUAUUUGUGGCGGGGCUGGGUUAUUAUUUCCGAGUGUGACACAAACUGCUCGGUUGGCGUGGACCAUUCUACGCAGCUGGAAAGGGCGACGGAGCGGGACGCAGCGUGUGAGGGUACAUGUGUGUGUUUGGUCGGGGAGUUGACGCCUGGCAAUGGACACCUACAGACCACACGCCGUGUUGAUUUUACUGUUGUUAUCGUCUGUCGUCGCAGUUUCCAACACAACUCAUGAUAAAGGAAUGGGUGGAUCAGAUACAGAUAGAGCUGGUGACACUGGCAGACACCGCCAGUGCCGGGAAGAGCCUCACACAGAUCUUCCUGGACAACCAGAACCUGUACACAGUAGAGUCUAACGAUGCAGAGGAACUAGUGGCUAGGGCAGCCAGGAACAUAGAACAGCUGUUACUGAAGAGGGCUGGCGCUCUGGAAACUCUGGCCGCGGCUGCUGAGAACUUUCAGAUGGAACACCAGUGGGAGGAUGAGUAUGCGGUAAAACUGUGAUUGUAAUUAUAACCAACAUUACAGUUACAUGAUAUACUGAAAGUGUAACUUGCC